AGGUGCGUAGCUGCUCUCUGCUGCUGGACGCAGAGAUCUCUGCCCAGCGGGAGCGUCGGGUUUGCUGCUGCGCUCCAGUCCCCAGACGCACGGAAGCUUUUCUGCCGGAUCCACUCGCUAAAAUGUGACGAGCUUAACACACUCGUCUCCAGUGACUCCUCGCCGUCAGACGUAGUCUGUGGGUAACCUCCUGUUUGUGUGUAUGUUUGUGUGUGAGUGUGUGUGUGCGUGUGCGCGCGCGCUCGCUCGUCUCUAACCUGCCGUCGCUGCGCUGCGUUGGCGCUGCGGAAUAGCAAGAACAAGAGGCAGCUCUCAUCCGUGGAAACAAGCAAAUCAAUUUAGGGGAAGAGGAGAGGAAAAGGCAGAGACGGAUCUUCGAGCCGUGGGGAAAGUAGCUGAUCCGCAGGACAAGGACGAGAGGAGAAAAAACGUCGCCAUGAAGAAGUGAGGAGAGGCGGCUGCUGCAAAAGGACAAACUCUUUCAAAAGAAGAUAAUCCCAAAAUAUUUAAUAACUGUCACAGGAACAAAAAUUGACCCCUCCCCCACACCCCUUCCAACAAAAAAAAAAGAAAUGAAAAAACAGGGUGUUUUUUAAAGGAAGGACUAGCAUAGAGGGACGGAUCUAUUCAUGGUAACUCGACGCUUCGCUACAAAAUCCCUCACUUGCUCCUUAAUUAUUAAACCCACAGCUUGAAAAGAAGAAACAAAAAAACAGCAUGAGAGCAUAAAAGAUGAACAUCAAAAAAAGCUCUUAAACACCCCUUCAGGAGGUGACACAUCAGCCAUUGUGAUAGGGGUGGGGCAUGACUCAGUUGCCAUGCGGGUUGUCAUGGUGACCAGCCCUUGCACCCCAUCCCCCCUCCUCUGGUUGGUCCAGUUGUUGUUGUGGUUCCACAACCAUGGACCUCAGCUGACAGAGGCGGUGCCCCCAUGCCCGAACCCCUGUACCUGCUCGAAUCAAGCAAGCCGUGUCAUCUGUACAAGGAAAAGUUUGGAUCAAGUUCCAGACAGUAUUUCAGAGAACACAAGAUACCUCAAUCUACAGGAGAACAGCAUCCAGGUGAUCAAAUCAGACACUUUCAAACACCUGCGGCAUCUGGAAAUCCUCCAGCUCUCCAAGAACCAUAUCAGGCAAAUUGAAGUUGGAGCUUUCAAUGGCCUUCCUAACCUCAAUACGCUGGAGCUUUUUGACAACCGUCUCACAGUUGUACCAUCGCAGGCCUUCGAGUACCUCAGCAAGCUAAGGGAACUUUGGCUACGGAACAACCCCAUUGAGACGUUGCCGGCAUUUGCCUUUCACAGAGUCCCUUCGUUACGCCGUUUGGAUUUGGGCGAACUUCGGAAACUGGAUUUCAUCUCAGAAGCUGCUUUCGAGGGACUGAUCAACCUGCGAUUCUUGAAUCUCGGUAUGUGUGGUCUGAAGGACAUUCCUAACCUCACUCCUCUGGUGCGUUUGGAGGAGCUGGAGUUAUCAGGUAACCAACUGGGGAUCGUGAGGCCUGGAUCCUUUCAAGGACUGGUGUCACUCCGGAAGCUUUGGUUAAUGCAUUCUCGAGUGUCCGUCAUUGAGCGCAAUGCUUUUGACGAUCUCAAAAAUUUGGAGGAGCUGAACCUGUCUCAUAAUUCCUUGCAUUCUCUUCCCCAUGACCUGUUCACCCCGUUGCACCAACUGGAGCGGGUCCAUCUCAAUCACAACCCCUGGGUGUGUAACUGCGAUGUUCUGUGGCUGAGCUGGUGGCUGAAAGAAACUGUUCCUAGCAACACCACUUGCUGCGCCCGAUGCCACGCUCCCCCGGGUCUCAAGGGCAAGUACAUCGGGGAGCUAGACCAGAGCCAUUUUACCUGCUACGCCCCAGUUAUUGUUGAGCCACCAACCGAUCUCAAUGUCACAGAGGGCAUGGCUGCCGAGCUCAAGUGUCGUACCGGAACCUCCAUGACCUCUGUGAACUGGUUCACCCCAAAUGGCACUCUGAUGACGCACGGAUCAUAUCGGGUUAGGAUCUCAGUCCUUCACGACGGAACGCUCAACUUCACCAACGUGACCGUGCAAGACACCGGGCCGUACACUUGCAUGGUUACCAACUCUGCGGGAAACACGACAGCGACCGCAGUCCUUAACGUGUCUGCGUCUGAUCCCAGCAACAGCUACAGCUAUUUUACCACCGUCACUGUAGAAACGGUUGAAACGAUCGGAGGGGGCGAGGACAAGAAUUCAGCCAGACAGUACAUUAAUGAGACCUUCAUAGAUUUCCCCAAUCCCACUGUGUUCAGAGGGGGCCAGUCUGACGUCACUAUCCCUCCUUCUGCCUCGUCCUUUUCAUCACUGUCCCCACGAGCCAAUAGAGGCCCUGAAAAUGCAGUGACUGUGCCUGUGAUGGAUGUGACUAACAUACCGGGCUUAGAUGAUGUCAUGAAAACAACGAAGAUCAUCAUCGGCUGCUUCGUGGCCAUUACUUUCAUGGCAGCUGUAAUGCUGGUGGUCUUCUAUAAGCUCCGCAAGCAGCACCAGCUGCAUAAACACCACGGCCCGGCUCGAGCCAUCGAAAUAGUCAAUGUUGAAGAUGAGAUUGGGGCUGGCGCGGGAAGUGGCCUCUCCGCAGGGCCAACGGUGAAUUCUGGUGGCGGCGAAGGAACGCUAAGGAUACAUCAUCCAGAGAUCGUCAAUCUACCCAACAUUGGUCGCUCGGAUACGCUCAACCACUACUACAAGACCCAUCAUUUUAACAACAAUGUGAUGGGCCUAAGCAUUGGUCCUGAAGGGAUGGGGCCGGGGGGGAUGCUCAAUAGCAAGAACCAUCAGGGUCAGGAAAUCUCAUGCACCCCAAUUCCGAUCUCCACCUCUACUUUGCUGACGACGUCAGGCAACGGCACCAACACCAACCCGUGUUCUAUGUCCCCACCGCUGCCCAUGUCCCUCCCAAUGCCAACCAUGGGCUUACAUGGAUCCAUUAAAGGUUUCAUGGGACAAAGCCAGAAUCCUCAAAUGGAGCCUCUUCUGUUUAAAGGAAACUCCAAGGAAAAUGUUCAAGAGACUCAGAUUUAAGCGUGCAGUGCGAGGAUAUAAAGUUAACGGUCAGGAUUUGAAGACAGCCAGGGGAUUGAUGGCGGGUGGAUGCGUGGAACCUUUAGACACUGGAGCGCAUUGACAUUGCACCAGGAGAGAGGGUAGACUGACGUGUCAAUACACAAACACCGAGACUUAUACGUGAUAGUGUACUGAGCCAAGGAUUACCACAAUGGGCCACUUGUGUUUGUAGUAACAACCACGGUCAUGGAGAUCAAGGAGUGGACAUUGCUACAAUGUAAAUCUGUGCCAAAGCAAAUGUUUUUGCAGUUUCAACAAGCUGUGUUCUCAUUGGGAAAAACAAGCCUUUCAAAAAUAACGAGUCCCAGAUUCGUUGUUGGCCUGUCGACAUGAAAGACACGCACAGCACUGACGACGUCUAAGUUCUGAUAUAAUAUAAAACUAAAUCCAGAGAGACGUUUUUCUCCACAAACACAAACUUACACACUCUCAAGUGACUUUAAAGACUCUGUCGAAGCGACAACAAUGUAGACAUAAAUAGAUGGACAAAAGGUACAGUGCAGUACAAACUACUGUGAAAAAUCCACAAAUUAUAUAAAUAUAUUUUCAUUUAAAUAUGUAUCAUUGCAGACUCCGAUGCAGAGAUAUUUUGAAGUGGAUGUAUAAGCUGGUAUAGUUUUUCUUUGUGAAUAAUCAGGGGUGCUGAUGGCGAAGGUUGGCUAUGUUGGCUAUGUUUUAAGUUUGGCUACUUCUCAGAAACAUAAGGGCUCAAUUGCAACUCUCAUUGUGAAUCUUUGAAUUGGCUUUUGUGACAUGAACUCCAUUUAGGUUGUAGAGCAGUAAGAGCAGAUAUCUGUUUGACAAACUUUGUCCGUUGCUUCAGUAAUAACCAUUACAGACUUCUUGUGUUAUGAGUGUAUUACGUAUUAUUUGUGAAAGCCAAAUACUUGGUAUUUGACUUGACAAUUCUGAUACUUAAAAGCCAGCAUCUAAUAACGGUAAACAAUGUUCCACAAACACAGAAAUGCAAAGACCUGUACGGAUAAAACAAAGUGUUAAUAAUGUGUUAUUUGAAUCGAAUCAGUAGCCAGAUAUUUGCUUUUAGACAGGAAUUUGAUAUGACCUCCAUGGUGACCAUAAUCAUGCCAUAAAUGCUGUCAUCAGGAUGAAAAGACAUCUCUGCAGCAGCAUUCAAGAAGGGAUUAAACAUCCAUCCUAGGAUGGUUCGAAUGAAUGGAAAUGUACAGUAUAUUAAUAAUAAUAAUGUCUGGUUGUAUGACAAUUGUGAGAUCCACAUUUUUACAGUGUAACUUUCAUAUGUUAAAUGCAAUUUACGCUUCUUGCGUUUCAACUCUGUAUUUCUUUAUUUUUGUUAGUUUGAUAUAAUGUGUACAGUUGUCUAGCCAUGUAUCAUUACGUGUGAAAUAAAUCAAUCAUAUAUUGGAUGGUGGUGGAUGAAUGUGGUGUCCACAUGGCUCGAGAGUCAGAUGUUAUUCCGACAAACAUGCUCUUAAUGUCCCUUCUGUGGUUUGGCCGAGCCACUGAGUCACUCUGCAAAUGACGAAUGACUCCGCUCUAUUAACAUGUUCAAACAGACUGUUAGUCACUGGCCACUAGUCCCCCCACAGACACUAGUCAUUUGGUGUAAUGACUUGUUUUGAAGACUGUACUUUGGACAUGGUUAUUUACUGGAUCUAAAGUUGCCAUAAAAAGAAAAGGAGAUAUUUACUCCAGUUGUCUUUGAUAUAGCACAGUCUGCGGUGGAAUAGUGGGCUCUCCAAGUCACGCUGAAUGGAGAACAAUUGGGACAUGUCUAAUGUGAGCAAUGAUUGACGGAUUAAGAAGCUGCUGGUCACUAUGAUGGGGUUGUGUGAAAAAAAAAAUGUGCAAAACUGUUCCAUACUUUUACACUGCGACAGUGCUUUGCAUCUUUCAAUGGGCCAAAUGGCAUGUCUGCCCUUGCUAGAGCUUUUGCUGCUCUGAAUGUACACUGAAUGACUUGAGCAUUACCCAGGAAGAGAAAUGUGCCAACUCCAAAUAUCUCAUUUUUGUGUGUGAAAAUUGUGUCUUGUUCCCAAGGUACGUGCUCUCAGUUUGUAUGAGGAGUCAUGACGACUCCCUCUCAGCUCUUGAGGCUUCUACCUCGCCAAACCUGCGUGGUUCUGAAAAGUGUGAACAUUUUAGCAGCAUUUUAAGAUAAGAAAAAAAAGGGAUAAAAGAGGGAUUAAGUGCAGAGUUCUACCAGAUGAAGAAGUCAUUUUUAUUACUCAAGGAAAAAGGUGAGUGACUAAGAGGAAUAAAAGCUGAUUCACUGCCGUGAUCUUUGACGAUAGCUAUUAAAAUAUCGGAAAUUUUGAGUAUUAACGGGAACCUGUCUUGAAUCCUCACAAUAAAUCUGACGACACCAUAUUAGGGAUUAAGCCAUAGUCCAAAACUCUGGUCAUAAAAAUGUCUUUUCAGCAGAAAUGUCUACUUCCUAAUGGAGCAACAUUGAGAGGAAGUAUUGAAGGUGUUUCAACAUUGAUAGUGGAAUUGUUUCUGGUGGAGAUUCCAUCAUAUAUGGUAGAAAUGUUGACUUGAUUGUUAAGGGUUUGAUCCCAGUGUGGUCUUUCUAUUAAAUAGUCUAAGCAAUAAAUAUAUUUUCCACAUUUAGCUUCAGAGCCAGACUCUGGCAGGUUCUGUUGCAAUGGAAGGCAAAGAUAGGCGUGAACUUGCUUGAGUUCCAUGUUCUCCCCAUCCCUGCGUGGGUUUCCUCCGGGCACUCCAGGUUUAAACCGGCAGUCCAGAAACUUAUCCAUGCAAAUCUGUAAUCCCUCAUUGGUGUCAGUAUGUGCGUGUACGAAUGGAUGCUUGUUCCCAGGUAGCUGAGUCUGAAGCAGUCUCCAUCUGUAUAGUCAAAGUGCCUGAUCACAGAUGUUGACAG